GGAACUUUUCUCAUAAACUAAAAUGUUUAAUAUAUAAAGUAAUGAGCAAGGAUAAGAAGAAAUACUUUCAAAGAUAAGUCAACUUUAAUUAAUCGAAAGUACUCAAAAAUAUUAAAUAAUUUUAGCUGAUGAUGACAAUUCUAGGCAAGGCAGCCCUGCUUUGGACUCAAGACUCUUGGAAGUAAUUCGAGAGUUACCGCAACAUUUAAAACACAAGUUGGACAGCUUAAUCCCUAAAACAAAUUAUCAACUGAUUAAACAAAAUGAUGAUAGCAUUUAUUAUGGAAUCAUGGAGAAUUUAUAAAAAUAGGGAGAAGGAAUAUAAAUAUGGCCGAAAGCAGGAAAUUUAUUGGAAGGGUAUAGAAUAUUCAAUAUAUUUAGAUAAUGGGCAAAUGAUUAAUUAGAGGGAUAUUGUAGAAUGAAUUACGCAAAUGGAGACAGGUAUUAGAUAUUUGUAUUUUAAAUUAGUUUUGAAUGUUAAUUCUCAUAGGGGAAAACUAAUGGGUACGGAAUAUUUAAAUCACAAAAGAAAAUAGUUAAAGGUAAAAUUAUGAAUUAUUUUAUAGGACUUUGGAUUGAUAAUACAAUAUAGGGGGAAGGUUAAGAAAUCAAAAGCGAUGGAACAAAAUAUUUUGGUUAAUUUUAAAAUGGUAAAAAAGAGGGUAGAGGAAUCCUAAUUUUAAAUGACGGCUGCAAGUAUGAAAAUAUAUAUUGUUUAGAUAUGAAGGUUAGUUCAAAAACAAUGCAUUUAAUGGGGAAGGAACCUUUAUAUGGAAUGAUGGCUCAUAUUACACAGGAACAUUUACAAAAGGGUAAAUUUUCGGAUUUGGCUAGUAUAUGAAUGGCAAUGGCAUUCAAAUGAUUGGGCAAGUAAUAUAGAUAGUAAUAAUUAUAGUUUACAGAAUUGAAACAGCCGAGAGAAAGUUAUAAAGAAAAAAAUUAGCAUUUAUAAACUAUAGUCUUUGUUAAUUAGUACAACUAAUCUUUGAUGAUUGAAAAGAUUCGUACUCUCUGAUGUUGAU